CGCGUUUCUCCACCGUGCGCCCACACCCAACCUGCACUGUCUGCCUUUAGUGAGGCGGCGCAGCCCUGCAGUGUAUGCAGGACAUUGUCCUCUCAGCGCGGAUGUGUCGGGAGAGCUCUGCGGUCUCAGCAGCCGGGGGGGGGCACAGCCGGGCUCUCUGCAUUCAUUCUGCUGCUGCCAUCAUCCAUGUACUUGUCAAUGCGGAUAGUGGCUUAUUUACUGUGCAUCAUCUGACUGGAGGAGACAUCUGACUGGCACCAUGAGCAGCACUGUGUUUCAGCAGCAGGCUGUCCACAGCCCUCUGGAGCAGCAGAAGCAGAAGCAGAAGCAGAAGCAGGGAGGAGGACCUAUCGCCUGUCAGAACUGUGGGAAGCCGUGCAAAGGGGAGGCGCUCCGGGUCCAGAACAAACACUUCCACAUCAAGUGCUUCGCCUGUAAAGUAUGUGGUUGUGAACUGGCCCAGGGAGGCUUCUUCGUGCGGCAAGGUGAAUACAUCUGUACUCUGGACUACCAGCGACUGUACGGGACUCGCUGCUUCAGCUGCCAGGACUUCAUCGAGGGGGAGGUGGUGUCCGCCCUGGGCAAGACCUACCACCCCCGCUGCUUUGUCUGUGCCUCCUGCAAACAGCCGUUCCCAGCCGGCGACCGAGUGACAUUUAACGGGAAGGAGUGUAUCUGCCAAAACUGUACCCAGCCUCUCCCUGCCAACAGCCCUGCACCCAUACAGGCUGUCCACAACUGCUGCGGCUGUGGGAAGGAGUUUAAGAAUGAACAGUCUCUUGUAGCACUGGACAAGCACUGGCACCUGGGCUGCUUCAAGUGUAAAGUCUGCAACAAGGUGCUCAAUGCCGAGUACAUCAGCAAGGAUGGAAUCCCCUUCUGUGAGAUGGACUACCAUGCCAUGUUUGGCAUCCAGUGUGAGAGCUGCAAGAAGUACAUCACUGGAAAAGUCCUGGAGGCUGGAGAGAAGCACUACCACCCCACAUGUGCCCGCUGUGCCCGCUGUGAGCAGAUGUUUGCAGAGGGAGAAGAAAUGUACCUGCAAGGAUCUUCUAUCUGGCAUCCUCCAUGCAGACACGCAGCCAAGCAGGAGGAGAAGAGCAAGAAGCAGGUCCGGAUACAGCUCAAUGACAUCCCUGAGCAACAGGUGACCCGGACUUCAUCUGAGAGCAUCACUUCAGUCCCAGCAUCCAGCGCCUCGGGCUCUCCCAGCAGAGUCAUCUAUGCCAAGCUAGGAGAGGAGAUGCUGGACUACAAGGACCUGGCAGCCCUUCCAAAGACCAAGGCCAUCUAUAACAUAGACAGGCCUGACAUGCUGUCCUACUCUCCAUACGUCAGCUACCCAUCUGAGGAAAGGCACUACGGAGAGUCCCCCCAGCUGCUUUCUCCUACUCCUACUGAGGGCGAUGGAGAGAAGUCACCCCGUCAGCGGAGGCCCUCCAGCCCAAGCUCCAACAGCUCCCUGGGGGGCUACGGACGUUACACCCCGUCCCGUUCCCCCCAGAAUUACAGCCGACCAGGGCCAGAGGUACACCUUGGUGGUAGAUACAGCAGCCAGGCCCGUGACUCCAGUUCUCUCCCUUUGUCUCCAACCCUCAUGGGUGCCAUUAAAUACCACUCCACCUGGGCCAGGGACUCAUCUUCCCUCCCUGUGUACUAUUCUGGUGGGGCUGAAGGGAGUGGUGGUGGCGGUAGUGGCAAGUACUCACCCACACCAGCAGGUGGCAGUGCAGGCUUGUCUUUUCACCUAAACCCCACCACCCUGGCCAUGCUGCAGCAGCAUAACUACAUCCCUUACUUCAGAGGUAGUGAAAGUGGUCGCAGUACCCCCAGCUUAUCCACCUAUUCUGAUGGCAAAUCCCCCUCCUCUACUUCUACAUAUAUGGCUGCUCCUCGGCAUUUCCACAUACCAGAGACUAUGGUCAAAGAUAAUAUCUAUAGAAAACCCCCCAUCUACAAACAGCAUGCCUCUAGAACGUCCUGGCAGGAUGGGGAGGAUAGCAAGAGGACCAGUUGGAUGAUCUUAAAGAGUGAAAUAGAUGGACAGAUGGGUCCAGAAGACCUGGAUCCCCGCAAGUCUACCUGCAGUCUGCCCACUGACACCUCCCAGCCUAAUUUCCCUUACAAUAAGUCUGCAUCCUUACCUGGAUACGGACGGAACGGCAUCCACAAGGCUGCUGAGAUGGUGGAAGAUGAAGUGGACCCAGACUCCCAGAGCUGGGGAGGCAUGAGAGAAUACAAGAUCUACCCUUAUGAAAUUCUGGCAGUGACACAUAGAGUGAAAGUGAAGCUUCCCAGAGAUGUAGAUCGCACCAGACUGGAGAGACACCUAUCUCCUGAGGACUUCCAGCGGGUUUUCGGCAUGACCCUGGAGCAGUUUGACCGCCUGGCCCUCUGGAAGAAGAACGACCUGAAGAAGAAGGCACGCCUUUUUUAGACAGAAAAAAAAGCAACAUCUCAACAAGUAUCCGUCCUGUCUGGGAGGAAGCAGAAAAGAAAACCAACCCUUCUGAAAUAUCUAUAUAUGCACCUGUAAAACGCCAUGCCAUCUGCCUGUGACGCCUCAGAGAGGCGCUCCCUGCGGGAACAUUCUCACAAUAUUGAGGCAGCAUCUACAGCUUUUUGUAUGCGAUGUGGUCCGAAUGUUAGACUGACAACCUUACAGAAGAGGAUGAGGAGCUGUGUUUGCAUGGCCUGUGUUGAUGCUCCUCGCCUCAAAUGUGGUUUCUGCAUCCUCCCCCUCCCGUCCAUCUCGAUGCUUUCAUACACCCUGGCAAAAAUAACAGCCUUUUCUAAUUCUCGAGGAGGCUUUCCCCCAGGUUUCUGUUGUUCUGACUGUUUUACGUGCGCCUUCUUCUACUCUGUCAAUCUUGACUUAUCUCCCUGUUUCUAUCUCAAGUUUUUCAUCACCAACUAGUUUGUUUUCACUUUGCGAGAGUUUGUCAUCUUAUCUGUCUCUACAUAUCAUCUGUUUGCUGCUCUCUUCUCUUGUCUCUCGCUUUAAGUUUCUGCACUGACUGACUGUUAUAUUGUCGAGCUAGUUCAUUUUUACACCCUUGCCAUUACUUUAGGACAGUGAAGAGACUGCAGACUUGUACACACUCACUGUUCAAGCAUGCAAGGCCAAAGACAGGAAAAAGAGACGACUCCAGCUUCUCUGAUCUUUUACUCAAAAAGCACCUUCUCAUACGCUUUUGUUUUCAAUUGUCCUUCAUGUUCUUUUCAAUCAGAGAAGUUGGGAAAGACUGGCCGGGUAUGAUUUGCGUGCCCUGAUAUGUUUGAAUUCGGUCCCAUAUCUUACACAUGCAUCUCGUAAUUCAGCACAGAUAGGAGAGCCAGGGCAGUGAAUCACAGACGGGGGGGGGCUAAGGAGGGGCCCUGCAGAAAACAUACAGUACAGAAGGUUUCAGGGUGUGUAAAGGUGUCAGACAAGCAGCAUUGCCAUAAUGACAUGCACUCUCAUCAGAAAAACAAAAGAAAUUAUUUUUCUAAGCUAUUUUUGACUUCUGGAAAGGAUCAUUAAACCAAUCAUGAGACGCAGCUGAGAGAAAUCAUGAUUUUGUUACCCGAAAAAAAAAAAACCCAUGCUGACUUUGUUAAGCUUCACAGACCUGCAGCUGCACUUAAGCAUAACAAGUGAGGUCUUGCUUGAUUUAAAACCCAAUCCUCUAACUGUGUUAUAGCUCCUCAGAUAGAGAUGUAACUCUUUAUAUGUUUGUUGUUUGAAAGCAUUGUUGCAUAAAGUAAAAGCUCCACAUUUAAGCUGAAGUCUGUCAGCUUUGCUUGAUGAUUUCUGGACUGAAAAUUGAUCAUCGCCAUCUAACAUACUGCAAGAUGUAUGUGAACAUUUACUGGACAUAUACCAGAUAUAUUUGUCUGUAUACAAGCCAUGGUGUAUAACUCUUCAGGCAUGCAUGAGGAUGGGAAAAUUAGUUUUGUCCACUGACCUCAGAUUAGAAAUGUAUGAAAACAUUAUCAUCAAUGUGGUUUGAGUGGUUGAUUAUUUUCUGGUUAAAUUGUGUCAAAUGAAAUGCCCAGGUCAGCUGCUUCCAUUAGCUUGUGUUAGGUAUUUAUUUAAUUGCAUAUAUUAAGGACGGGAUGUUAUUUUGAAAUCUUAAGGGCGUAGUGUUGAAUGAAUAGCAUCACUGAGAUGAGAGCUUUUGAAGAGAAACAUAUCAAAUUUUGAGUUGAGAGUGUCAAAUGAAUUUUGCUCCUGUAAGUAACACACUAACUGUUGUCAUAAAGCGUCAUGUCCUCUUUCUAAUAUUCAUCUGCUAUUAAAGUGCUUUAUCCAAACUACA